UGCUGUGCACACCUGGCCGCCGCCGGCUCCCUGCUCGUCCUUCCCUCCCCGCCCUCGCCCACCCGCUAUGGACAAACCCCAUAUCCCGGUCCUGUGGGACACCUACGAGAACAUCUCGGAGCUCAGCCAGAAGUUACCAGGCGAAUACUUCAGGUAUAAAGGUGUCCCCUUCCCCGUGGGCAUUUACUCGCCCGAGAGCAUCAGUCAGGCGGAGUAUGCCACCGAUGUACGGGACGACGACAUCUUCAUCAUCACCUACCCCAAGUCAGGGACCACCUGGAUGAUCGAGAUCCUGAGCCUCAUCCUGAAGGACGGGGACCCCUCCUGGAUCCUCUCGGUGCCCAUCUGGGAACGCGCGCCCUGGUGUGAGACCAUCAUGGGGGCCUUCAGCCUCCCGGACCAGCCCAGCCCCCGCCUCAUGAGCUCCCACCUUCCCAUCCAGCUCUUCACUAAGGCCUUCUUCACCUCCAAGGCCAAGGUGAUCUACCUGGGCCGGAACCCCAGGGAUGUGGUAGUCUCCCUCUAUCACUACUCCAAGAUUGCUGGGCAAUUAAAGGACCCUGGCACCCCUGACCAGUUCCUGCAGGACUUCCUCAAAGGCGAAGUGCAGUUCGGCUCCUGGUUCGACCACAUUAAGGGCUGGAUCCGGAUGAAGGGCAAAGAGAAUUUCCUGUUCACCACCUACGAGGAGCUGCAGCAGGAUCUCCAAGGCUCUGUCCAGCGCAUCUGUGAGUUCCUGGGCCGGCCGCUGGGCGAGGAGGCGCUGGGCUCCGUGGUGGCGUACUCGGCCUUCAGUGCCAUGAAAGCCAACACCAUGUCCAACUACACGCUCCUGCCCCCCACCCUGCUGGACCACCGCCAGGGGGCCUUCCUCCGGAAAGGGGUCUGCGGGGACUGGAAGAACCACUUCACGGUGGCGCAGUGCGAGGCCUUCGACCGCGUCUACCGGGAGCAGAUGCGCGGGCUGCCCUCCUUCCCCUGGGACGAGGCUCCGGACGACGACAGCCAGGACCCCGAGCCCGAGCCCCUGCGCAGCCCCAGUCCCAAGCCCAACCCCACCCCCAGCUCCGACCCCAGCCAGGCCGCCGAGGCCCCCCACCCGUGA